AAUCCUCCUAAAACCGGUGAUGUCCAUCCGAAAAUAAAAGAACAGAAAGAAAAAAACUCUUCUUAUUUACUUUCUUUUGUCUCAAAAAACCAAAUCCUUCUUCUUUUAAGAUUUUAAAGAUGAUGCCUACCAAGCUUGGAGCUGAAUUUGACUCUGAUUAUUCCUUCUCAUCUGAAAGUUCAUGUAUGAGCAGCAAAUCGUCAUCGUCAUCGUCGUCAUCCUCAUCAUGUUACCAGAAAGAAAAUAUUAGCAACGAGGCAGGAAGAGAGCUGGCGAGGAAAGUAAAGAAGCUAAGAUCAUUCAAGCUUGCAAGAUUGCCAAGCUUGAAGCGCAUCACAAGACAAGCCAAAAUUCAAUAUGAUGAUGUUUCUGUCCUGUCUAUUGACGCAGCAAGCUCACAACAUUCAGGCAUGUCACCAAAUUAUAUGAGGACCACCACUUCUUCAAAUGCAAAGAGAGAGAAUUUGCAGGCAAGUCCCCCACCCCCUUUUUUUCCAUUAAAAAAAGAAGUUUCGGUAGCAGUGUUUCAAGUAAUUGAAAUGUUAAAUAUAGUAAGCCAAAUUAUUGCCUUUUCCAUGCAGAAAUCAGCAAGAACUUUGGCAAGACGAUCUAGUUUUAAGCCGGCAAAGAGUUUGACAAGGUUGUCUAGUAUAAAAUUCAGGAGACCUUCGAUAAGGAAAUCUUCUGGAGGAACUGACCUGAAGAAAAAAAUGAGGAGGUCAAGAUCAAUGAAGCUUGCCGACAGAUCUUCCAUUGUUUUUGCAAGUGAUGCGGAUGCAUCGGUGGAUUAUUUGGAGGCAAAAAACUGUUCUGAUGGGAGGAAUGUUCAUUUUCAGGCAAGUCCCCAUCUUGAAUCUACUUUGAUUAGCAACAACGAGGAUAGGAAAAAAUCAAGUAAUUCAAAGCAGAAUUUAGCUUCUUCUGGUAACUACUCUAUGAGAGUUCUGACAAGACCUUCCACAUUGAGACCUGUAAGGAUCUUCACAAAAGUGGCGAGCUUCAGAACAAAGCGUUCUCAAAUUCCAGACUCAAGCAUCCAAAAAACCACCUGUUCUUCGGCCAUCAAAGACUCCAAGUUUCCAAAUCAUCUUGAGCUGCAACCAGGAGGAAGUGAAUCUGAAGGAAAUUCGAUCUUGAAGGUUUGUCCAUACAGUUACUGCUCACUUCAUGACAAUCGCCGUUCUGAUGUACCUCCGCUUAAACGCUUUGUAUCAAUGAGGCGACGUCUGUUAAAGACCCAAAAAAGCAUGAAAUCAGAAAGUCGAUCCUCUCGAAGAGCGAAGCAUUCUGGUAUUUCAAAGAAGGGAACACAGACAAGUCAAUCGGCAUCUUGUGGAGACUUGGCAGUUCUAGAAACAGCCCAUGACAAGAUGGCCGUCUCAUCGUCCAUUGGCAGAAAAGCUGGGCCAAGAGCAGAGUCAAAGAGUGCUCACGGAGGAGAUGAAAAAGAUUACAGAAAUGUAAUAAGUGUCACUGAGAACCAAACUCUUCCAGAAGAAGCUGAUGAAGGUAGAAUUGCUAGUUUGAACUUGAAUGCAUUUAAAGGUGAUUCACAAUUGAACACUGCAAAGGAAAAUGAUUCAACAAGUGUAGCUGAUGAACGAGUCAAUAAACCCAGUAGCCUAAGCCUGAAUAGAUUCGUGGAGUCCACAGAAAUUGACAAUAUGGUCUCUUCUGCUUCCAUUGGUAAGCCAUCGCAAGAGGAAACAGCAUCCUGUGAAGAAAAGAACCAAGAUGCUGUGCAAGAUUAUAGGUUCCUUGGUGCAGAUUCUGAGCAUGAUUAUACUGUGGAUACAGGCCACAAAAAUCCAUGGGAGAAACAGAAGCCCAUGGGAUUGUGGAACCUAAUAUAUCAGCAUAUGGCAUCAGGUGUUGCUGCAGAAGAUGGAACCCGACCACAUCUUAAUAAAGAAGCCAACGAAGAGGAAGAAGAAGAGAAUACAUUGCCUGGCAUGAGCAAAUCUGGUUCUUUUCAGGAUUUUUCUAGUACAGAUCACAGCAUUGGUGAGGAAGAUCAUGAUGAACGCAGCCGGAAGAUUCAGCAAUACCAAUGUGAUGCCAUUAAGUUGGUGCAAGAAGCAUUUGAUAGAAUACUCUCAGAAAUUCCAGACCAGCCAACUGAUGAUCUAUCAGUUAUUAGUGACGCAACUUCAGACAAGAAGAUUGCAGAAAACGAUCAUGGUGAAGACAGACAAUUGAACAUCUCAACUUCCUAUGAUUCAGGUGGAGACAGCAUGGUGCAGGAACCAGAAGAAACGAGGCUCCAAGCUGAUAAUGCCUUCCAAAAUGAGAAGGCAGAAUCAAGUGUGGAAAGCAAGUCUAACCAGCAAACGCCCAAGAGCUGGAGUAAUCUGAGAAAAAUACUCAUCCUCAAGAGAUUCAUCAAGGCAUUGGAAAAGGUGAGGAACUUCAGUCCACGGAAGCCAGGGAAUCUAAAUGUAGAGGCUGACCCAGAAGCAGAGAAAGUUCAUCUGCGUCAUCAAACCAUGGGAGAGAGAAAAAAUUCUGAGGAAUGGAUGCUUGAUCAUGCACUUCAACAGGUUAUUUCUACACUAGCCCCAGCUCAAAAGAGAAAGGUAACUCUGCUUGUACAAGCAUUUGAGACAGUCACCCUGCCCGCAGAAGUUGGUACUUCGCCAAGGUCCAACAUAGAAGCUUCUUCUCAUACAACUCCAGUUAAAACCAGCACCGGUGCCUCUGACUGCAAAGGAUCUAGAGAAGGAAAAGAAACUGUAUUUGGAAUCAGUCUUCGCAAGACAUCAAGCCUUGAAACAAGCUUCAAACAGAAUCAAGACCAACCCAGUGACUUCUACAAAGUGGAUGAGCACAUUCGAGGUUCUUGUUCUGAGGUGAAAGAAACAAGUUUAAAAAACGGUUGCAUUCAUCUAGCAUCGAGUCCUUCGUCUUCAAAGAACACUGCUGCAGAGUUGAAGAAUGAAUUUGUUGCUUUCAAUCUUGGUAAUGGUGAAACUAAUUCCACUGUUAAAGAUGAUGAGCCUGAUUUUGUCAGACACUGUUUGGUGGAGGAUACAGAUUCCAAAUUAUGUGACAAUCCAUUGCCAAAGUCAGCUGAUGUUCUACCAACUUCUAGUGAGGAACUUGUGAUAAAUGGGGAAACCCUCCAAGAGGAUGCCAAAGAAGCAAGUGCAGUUUCUGCCUCAGAGGUACAUGAUCGUGAUUUUGGAUUAAACGGCCAAAAGUCAGACAUCAAUAACAAAAACAACGGAACUUGUGAUGAAUCAGAUGAACCCAAAAGCCAAACCCUAAAAGAUUAUGAGGGUUCCAUUGCAAAUACCGAUGUAGUUUCUUCAUCUUCAGUUUCUGUGCCACUAAAGGAAUCAUCUGAAGUUGCUGGAGAAGAUAAUAAGCUCCUCCAAGGAUCCACCCUGCUUGACGAUUCAGAACCAGGUUGCACAACUGACGCUGCACAUGAAAAGCAGAAACAUAUGAAGUUCUGGUUCUUGAUAUAUAAGCAUAUGGUAUCAGGCAAUGCGACAUUACUUGAGGGAGCAGAUAACAAAGAACAAGGGGAUGGUGGCAUCAAAUUGGUUGAAAUGAACACACUGGAUAAUGAUGAUGCGGGUAACCAAAAGAUUAAACUCCAGCAGAUUGAAGCCAUUAGACUGGUAGAAGAAGCAAUUGAUCAAAUCCCUAUUCCAGAAUUUCAAGAAGACUCGACAGAUGAUCAAUCAGUUGCCUGCGACAUAAUUCAAGACCAGGACCAGGAGCACGCAGAAAAGAAAGCUGGGGAAGGGGAGGAACAUUUCAUCUCAUCUUCCUCUGAGGGCACCAAUGAAAGCUUUGGAAAAUCUGACAGCACAAAAGUAGAGGAGAGCACCACACUGUAUCAACAAGAACAGCAGCUCAGUUCUGAUAACAUCAGUGCACAAGAAAAGGCAAAACCAAUGCCACAAGCAGGAAACAAGCCAAAGCUGGCUAUGCAAAACUGGAGCAAUCUGAAAAAGGUGAUCCUCCUCAAGAGAUUCGUUAAGGCAUUGGAAAAGGUGAAAAAAUUCAAUCCAAGGGAGCCACGAUUUCUGCCCUUGGACCCUGCAAGUGAAGCUGAAAAGGUUCAUUUAAGGCACCAAGACACGGAUGGUAGGAAAAAUGCUGAUGAAUGGAUGCUUGAUUAUACACUUCAACAGGUUGUUGCUAAACUGACUCCGGCUCGGAAAAGAAAAGUGUCAUUGCUUGUAGAAGCCUUUGAGGCAGUCACCCCUAUUGGAAGUUGAAAAGGACAUGAUACAGCAGCCCUUUGAGUUAUUCUGUAAGAUGAAACACAGCCCUUGUGUUUCCUUUCUGUUGCCCGCAUACAGCAGCCACUUGAUUUCUUUUAUUGAAAACAAAAAUUGAAGUCAUCACGAGUUUACAUCUCAAUGUUUCAAAAAACAUGCAGGUAAGAUAACAAGAAGCUGUUAGCCGAUAAUUAUUCACUUUGUAGCAUCAGCGAUUCAGGUUAAAUUAUCACACAGGAGAAACCUCAGUGGAUUUAUCAUGCAUACAAGUGAUAGCAUUCUAGCAAUACGUGAAAGCCAUGAAUUCAGUGAAGAUAGUAAAGGAGCAUGGACUACUAUCAUUAUUGUACUUCUAAAGCCUUAUGAAUGUUUCUUGUGGAGACUGAUUAAGAGUUUUGUGACCAAUGAUGUAUCUUGUAUGGUGUACUUACAGGAUUCCUUCUUUGUCGAUGAGUCAAAAAUAAAAUAUAAUAUAUCGAAUUUUGACCAUAAUGAAUUAUUGAAAGCAAACUUGAUUAUAUUUUUUUUUGGGAGCUUUAAUGGCAAGAUUCUCUUCAAACUCGGCCAAACCAGUAGCCAGAAUAGGAUCUGCUAAAUCAUUAGAAGCAAAAGGUUGAACAUUACUGUCAUCCUUUUCCGGACAACUAUUACUGUGAUACAUGAUGAGUAAACUACUCCAUAAAAAAAAAAAAAAAUAGUGAGUAAAUAGUAAAUCAAUAUGUAAUUAGAUGCCUGAUGAACAGGACAGGCAAGUUAAUCCAAAUGGGUACCCGGAAGUAUCUCCAUGAGCAGCCAACCAAGGCUCAACCAUGGAAGCACCACAGCUGUAAAAAAUAUGGCUUUGAGCACCCAAUCUUCCACAAGCAUCCAGAUUAGAUUGUUUUGCAAACCAAUUCAAAACCUUGAACCCAUCCAUCUUCAAAAGCCCCCGGAUACAUGGUCUCUGGUGCCAAACUAUACCCAACAGCCAUUACAAUAACAUCACACAAUUUAACUAUUCUCUGAUAUAAGGUAUCGUUUCCUACCGAUUCAUUGCUUCACAAACCCACCACCGUGAAACUGCAGCAUCACAAGCAACUUCUGGUCCGGGAGGGUGGGCGGUUUGGGGGUGUAGGCAAUGCAGAGGUGACAGAAGUGUCGGGAAGGAAAGCGGAGGGAAAGAGAAGUUAAGGGGUCGACAUAGAUGUCUUUGGUAGCGACACUGUCAGUAAAAGAAGGGUUUGCUAGCGGGGAUGGAUUCAUGGGGCGGAGACUUUACACCAAAGGGUUAGGUUGCCGAAUGAGAGAAGAUCGGGAAGGGAUUGUAGAGUUUCACUAUUAAGCUUGGCAUUUUUUUUCCAGAGAUUAUCCUUUUUUCACGCCUUUACAAGCAAACUGAUUGAUUGUUGACUGUUGUGGGGGUGAUUAUCCUACAGUGUAAACUGUAAAGCCAAAGGAAACUCUUACUUUUCAUAGCUGAAUUUUAUAGUUACUAUCGUCCAAGACUUCUAGACAAUUGAGAGGCCACCAUGCUUGUGCAAAGGUUGUUAGCUAACCAAAUAUCAUGGUCAAACUACCCCCGAAUCCUGAUUGCAAAGUAAGACUUAUAGGAGCCUGCGAUCCCCGUCAACGCAGGACACAAACAUCAGGGUUCCACUCACUCAUCUCCUGUAAAAAAAUUGCAUUUGUAGACAGAUAAUAGAGUAGCAUCUACAGGGCGGCAUAAGAAAGCUCUUUCGGCAGAGUUGCUGGAGUUGAAGGGAAAGAAAUGAACUCCAGAUCACAUUUCAAGCCUGCAGAUAGGAGUAGAAAUUUUUUGCCAAUCUGCUCAUUCUGCAGAACCAGCAAUCGCAAAAGCAGAGAUAAAACUUCCGCAGCAAUUAUUUAACUUGGAUGGUAUCAAGAACCUCAAGGAUACUCGGCAGGUCCGUAAGUUUUCCAUCGUCCUCGUUGUCCAUUGAUCUGUGCUCGGUUCAACAUAUCCCACGUACUGGUGCAUAGAAUGCGUUCAACGGCUGGUGCUUAUUCCAUAACGAGAUUUGUCUUAAUUGAUGAUUUCAUGCUCGAUCAAAACUCACUCUACGUGAGAAAUCUAGAUUGUGAAACAUCCAUUAUAAGCUAAAAACAACCAAACAAAGAACAUUCCUUUAACUAAACCACAGAAUGACAAAUUACACAUUAUGACAGAAAAUUGCAGGGAUUGAACCAGCAUGAACCAUGAAAAGGUUUGAGGCAACUCCAAAACUGAAGUUAUCUACAGAAAACGGCCUCUCAUUUCUGUAAUAGAUGAGCUUAGAAUGUAGCCAGGGCAUGCAAGGUAAACAAGCUCCAAUUCUUUUGCUGCGUCUGGAAAUCUCCUGUAGAGCUUCCUCAACCUCAUGCCCUUAAACCAUUCAUCGAGCUGAAAAAGAAACAAAAAGAGAAUGAUGCCUGCACCUAGGAAGUAAAAACACCAAAAAUAUCUAUAAGAAUAACAUGCAUCUCUGUGCCAGUAUCAUAUCAAAUUUGAGUCAACCACCCCCCUUACUCCAUGCAACAGCCUUCUCACACAAAAUCCCCAUGUUCAUAUCCUUCCAAAGAUGUACAAAAUGGGAAACACGAAUAAAAUUCAGACAUGUUAAAUAUGAGAAAACACGGCCACAAAAUUUAACAAGAACAAUUUCAUGAACUGCCAAGGAGAACAAUAACAAUUUAUUAAACACACGGUAGAGAAUAAAGCAAAAUUGUACAGCCAAAAAAAAAUCCAAUACAAGACCUCAGUUUUGGAAAUUGCUUCUGCUUAAACUACAUGAAAACAUUACAAAAACUACAAACAGUACUUCAGAUGCCGUAGAGUUAACAAAAGCAGUCAUUUAGGAACUACUACCUUAAAAUAAAAUGUUGAGGACUUUCUUGUCUAAUCU